AUGCUAUCUUCCACGAGAUCAGCAGCUGCGCUGGCGCUGCGGGCCAAACCAGCUUCGUCCCUAAUCACCCACCGAUCAAUUGCAGCAAUUUCGUCCUCUGCUUCAAAGCCAGCGGCGGCAGUAUCAUCACCACACAAUGUGCAAGGCAACCCGGGUACACCCCCACCAAUGGGCAUUGUGAGGAAGGAGAGGCGCGAGGUGCCAUUGCCUAGCCAGGAGGGGAAGAAAGGUGCUAUGCAAUACGCAUUAACAACCCUCGAUCAAAUCACCAAUUGGGCCCGUCAAGGCUCUCUCUGGCCCAUGACCUUUGGUCUCGCCUGCUGCGCCGUCGAAAUGAUGCAUCUCUCAACACCGCGAUACGAUCAGGAUCGCCUUGGUAUAAUUUUCCGUGCCUCCCCGCGUCAGUCCGAUGUCAUGAUUGUGGCUGGUACUCUUACGAAUAAGAUGGCCCCCGCGCUUAGACAGGUUUACGAUCAAAUGCCUGAACCCAGCUAUAGUGUGGUGAGAGGAUGUGAUCGGAUUGUGCCCGUUGAUAUCUACGUCCCUGGGUGUCCCCCAUCAUCCGAAGCUUUGAUGUAUGGAAUAUUCCAGCUUCAGAAGAAGAUGAGACACACAAAAAUUACCAGAAUGUAUGUUUCCCCCAUAGCAGAUUCACGACUUUCGCCAAUCCAUGCCUUGGUCAUCAUGGAUUCCAGGCAUAUGGCGUAA